AUGGUCAUCACCCUGGAAAGUUCUACCAAAAGCAUAAGAUAUUUUUUAACGAAUUUGACAGGUCCUUUAAGCCGUCUGACGGUUUUUGGUCAGCCUCUGAUCAUAGUAAAUGAUCGCGAAACUGCAGCUCAGCUUUUCGAGAAAUCUGCUAAGCACUCGUCUAAGCCAGACUCUGUUUUUGCUGAUGAACUGUACGAGCGACUUUAG